CUCCUUACUUAAGCUAUAGUUCAUACUUCGAUCAAGUUAGAGUUCACCAGAUCUUGGUUUUUCCACAUAAUUCUAUUGAAUUCUCAGCAAUAUCCAUUGUUUUUCAAACAUGUUUUGAUCUGUGUUUUUGCUGUUUCUUUAAUGACUGAUUAGAUCGAGAAAUAGAAGCAUUGUUUGACGGUUGUUCCACCAGAUUUUGUAAAGUUUCCUGUUUUGUUUUGUUUUUUGUUCUGAUCUGAGUUGUUGAAUUUGUUUUACAAAUGGAAGAAGGUAAUGGAUUCAAGUAUGUUUGUAAGAUGUGUCCGAAAAGCUUCCCUUGCGGUAGAUCUUUAGGUGGUCACAUGAGGUCUCACAUGAACAAUUCAGCUGAAACAGACGAGAAAUUCAUCAACAAGAAGAAGAAGCUUGAACCAGAUGUCAGUGGCGGCUAUAUUCUCAGACAGAAACCCAAGAAGAAAUGGAGUAGAUUAUCAUUGUUUGGUCACAUCAAGUGUUAUUCACCAGACAAUUCUGGUUUUAGAUCCGAAACCAAAAUUAGAAGAAGAACAACAAGAAGGUACAACGAGGUUGUCCCUGCAAAUCCAUCUUCCAUGUCCGAGAUCGAGCAGGAACAACAACAAGAGGUUGCUUUGAGCUUAAUGAUGCUUUCCAGAGGUACGGGUCAAUGGGCUGCCUUGGAUGAAACCUGUGCAAAUAGUUUGAAGAAGACAGAAUCAAGCAAAAGAAAGUUCCAAUGCAGUGGUUGUAACAAAGAUUUUGUGUCUCACCAAGCACUGGGAGGCCAUAGAGCCAGCCACAAGAGAAUCAAUGGCGGCUGUACUGAAAAUAGUACUAGAAAGCUUGUGGAGGAAGACGAGACAAGGCAUGAAUGUCCCAUUUGUUUCAAAGUAUUCACAUCGGGACAGGCAUUGGGUGGUCACAAGAGAUCCCAUUUACUCACUGAUGCAAGCCCCAAAAUCCAUGAAAUCCCAGAGUUUCUUGAUCUUAAUCUGCCGGCUCCUGUUGAUGAAGACGAAACCAGUCUUCAAUGGUGGCACUGGGCCCAUAACAAGUUGGAUGUUACUUAAUUUGCUUCAAUUUCCAGUAUUAUCAUUAGAGAAAAUAAAGUUUAGGAGAAUUCAAAUGGAUCAUUCAUGCUAAAGCAGGUGAGAAUUGUUAAUUCUUUUAAAAUAAUUUUUACA